UUUUCCGCAUUCUCUCUUUUUUUUUUUUCUCCCCUGUUGAUGUUUGUGCUUCUCCCUUUGUGCCUGCAGCUUCACGGCCGGGGCUGACAGCAGGUCGGCUGUUGUCUGACCAGGCACAUACAUGACACAGCCUCAAGCAAGAACUUACACCGGAGGGGCUCAGGUUGACCGUUGAGCUGUGGAGUUUGUCUCAGGAGGAACAGAAGGAACUCGGAUUUGAGUGCCGAAGCCAAAGCCGUGGACCAAAAGAGGACGAGGAAGAUCCGUAUGAAGUAGAGCAUGGCCGUGUUCAAGCCUGAAAAUGUGGAGGAUCUGUAUGAGAUCGAGGAAGUCCUUGGAAGUGGUCAUUUUGGUCAAGUUCGAAAGGUCCGUGAAAAGACAUCGGGGACUUGUUGGGCGGGAAAGUUCUUAAAGAUCCGAAAAUCGGCCUGCAGCCGCCUGGGCCUGGAGCGGAGCAGCGUGGAGCGAGAGGUGGAGAUCCUGCAGGCUCUGAAACAUCCGAACAUCGUCAACCUGAAGGACGUGUUCGAGAGCCGCUCAGAGGUGGUGCUCAUCCUGGAGUUUGUUAGUGGAGGAGAGUUAUUUGACUUCAUUGCUCAGAAGGAGAACCUGUUGGAGAGCGAAGCCAUUCAGUUUAUAAAGCAGAUCCUGGAGGGACUGAGGUUCAUGCACAGCAACAACAUCGCACAUUUCGACCUAAAGCCAGAAAACAUCAUGCUGUCAGACAAAGUGUCUCCACGCCCCAUCAUCAAACUUAUCGACUUCGGCCUGGCAUACCACUUCAGUCCAGGGGAGGAGUACAGGAGCACAAGUGGUACUCCCCAAUACAUUGCCCCUGAGGUGAUAAACUGUGAACCUCUCAGCACAGCGACAGAUAUGUGGAGCAUUGGAGUCAUUACCUACAUACUAUUGAGUGGUUUGUCACCAUUCCAAGGUGACACUGACGAAGAGACUCUGAAGAAUAUUCUUGCCUUAAAGUAUGAGUUUGAUAAACACUACUUCAGCACAACCAGCGCCAUGGCCAAAGAUUUCAUACUGAAGCUUUUGGUGAACAAUUCCAAUGAGAGAAUGACGGCUGAGGAGUGUCUGCUUCAUCCAUGGAUAAAGCCCAUCACGCGCACACAAGCAGUCAGCCGGCAUCGAUCCUCAAUCAAUAUAAGGAGCUUCAAGAAGUUUAACGCGAAAAGGAAAUGGAAGAUGUCCUACAACAUGGUGCGGAUGUGUAACCAGCUGGUCAGUUUGAGACUGCACUGUAAGAGCAGCUCCAAACAAGAUCCUUUAGAGAGAGAGUGUGAAAGUGACGUAGAAGAUGCAGACAGCAAGCCGGCCUCUCUGCUGCGCCGAAGACUCAGCAGCAGUUCUUAGAGGAGCUGGAGUUUGAGCCGAGGAGGACCGUUGUUACAGGCUCAGGUGAACCUGGCCUCUGAUGGGAACUACGCACAGACUCAGAGGGGUCUGUUCUUUAUCAAACUCCUUCAGGGGACAGUCUACAGGAGACUGGACAAGCUGCAUGUCUACAGAACUCAUAUAUGUAUAUUUUUUACAAGAUAGUGUUCACACUAGACAACAUCGUGAAAAUGAAGUUGCCGUGGAGCUAAAACUAACAAAUGUAUUUUCUUAAUAAACUUAUUUUAUGCAAAAAAACA